GUUUAGCUUUCAUUUCGGCCCUUUCCCCGUAAUCCCCUUUAUCAGUACACCCAUUUCAUAGUACCUGAAUUUCUUUCCACUUGUAGUAGCCCUUCCUCAUUUUUGUUUUUCACCUGUAGCUCACCAGCACUGAUAAGUGAAAAUCAUUCCUGGAGUCUCCUUACUUUGCAAUAACUAGAUCUCUUUUCAAUGUUCUAAAAAUUGCCCAACUAUCUAUCUGUUGAGUUGCAUGAUGAUUAUGGAGCACCAAUUUCUUAGUCUUCCAUCAGUUGAACCAGCUGUGAAUAACUUGUAGUCACCAAAUAUGAUAUCACUGCAAUGCGGAAGGCUAAAGUCAGCACCAAAGAAAUGUAAUCAUGGAUAAAUUCAUUCUCCGAAAAUGGUCUAAAUAGCUAGAAGAAUGAAAACUGAACCCUGGUGGCGGAAACUGGGGUACCUGACCAUCCUAGGGUGGAGAAACCCUAAAAUUCACACAUCAAGUGCCACACAAGAAUCUACGUCAAGUUGAGUCACCUCUCAAGUGCCAUCAUCAAUAUAAUGAGGGAUGUAAAGGACUGCUAUGCCGAGUCCACCUCCGUCAACUUCAGUGGCACUCAGAUCUUAGCCCAACAGCACCAGGCACCGCGAGACCACUCAACCAUAAUGAGUGCCAAGAAGCUCCCAAAAAAGCGGAAGUUUGAUCCGUCGGAGUUAGAAGAAUCAGAUAACUGUGCGACAAGUGUGCUCAUGCCGCCUCAAUCAACUGCUAUGGACUGUUCCAACACCAGUCUGGAAGUCUCGCCGCGGAACUUUUAUGUGAAGCAAGAGCGAUGUCCAAGCCGCGAAAAUAUUCCUUUAGCCACAGAAAACAACGCUGGAGGUGCUUAUCCUCCAAACAUGGGGAACAUGGGCCUGAGCUUGCUUCUACCAAUGACGGAACAACCCAUGGUCGACAGGGUUGUGACUAAUGGUAAAAACGAAAUCGACCUCCGGGAAUGGAUUGACCACCGAGUUCUGGCCAAGAAAGAUCAAGUUUAUCUUCCAGGCAUCAUCAAACAAGCGGGCACACGAGGUGAAGUCAUGGUCGAGUUUGAUGACUUUCCGGAUAAGCCAGAGAUUUUCACAGAUGUUCUGUGCUCUGGAAAAUAUGAUGUCAUCAGCGACGCAAGCCCAAGUCUUGGUCAGGUAACGGUUGGAGCCAGAGUGUGCAUCAAGGUAGCCCAUCGAAGGAUGUUCAUUGAAGGUGUGGUAUGCAGCAUCCUUCACGAGUCAACGUCAUCUGUUAUUAAGUUCCGUGUCCGACUCAUCGGCUCGGAUAACGAUGAGCACACAGUCAAGCGCUCUGAUCUCCGGCUCCUGCUUCCACCCUGGUGGGAUGAGUUGGGGGUUGAUGACCUUGAAUUUAAACCAACUAUAAUUCCGGCUCAGGUCAACAACGGCGUUCAAAAUGGGAAUUUACCGCUUCACCACAAUGUGCCUACGCUCCACCCUGUAGAUAUGGGUGGCUAUUAUCGCAGUGCAGGGACGUCUCCGCCGCCUUUGCAUGCGAUUACAACCACACCGGUCAGCUUGCACUCUGUCAGCUCCUCCAUACCCAACGGCAGUAGCGAUGAUCUAAGACGGCGGCCAUAUGAAGACUUCUGCGAAAGUGAUGACGACCUCAGGAAAGAAGACAUCCAAUUCAGCUCGGAUGCAGAUGGUGCUAAACUCUCCGGCAGUAGCAAACGAAGCAGCAUGCAGAGUCGUGGCAGCACGUCAAGCCUCCAUGGCAGCUCGACUCCGCGACUAACGCCGGCCACGCCGCGGUCCCAAGCGGCAACUCCUCACAAGUACAAAAAAGGUGACGUCGUCUCCACCCCUAGUGGAAUCAAGAAGAAAUUCAAUGGGAAGCAGUGGAGGCGGCUAUGCUCAAAGGAUGGUUGUACGAAAGAGUCGCAACGCAGAGGCUACUGUUCGCGACAUUUGAGUCUGGAAGGGAACGGUCUUCAAGCAGGGCCCUCAACUUAUCCGAGAAGUAACGAAGGAAGUUUAAUCGAUGGUGGUGAAACUUCCCGAGACUCAGAGACGUCUCCUAGCUGCUCGGAUAGAAGGAUUGCUCGAACUUUCGACCAGGAUGAAACAGAAGCAGCCAAUAUGUUAGUUUCUUUGGGUGGAUCUCGAUCUACGACCCCUGCGUAUUCACCGACGGGACAAGCUCCAUCCCCGAGAAGAAGUAUACACUCUCCAAUCGGAUCAAGGCAAAACAUGUUUUUGCCUAUUAGCGAUGCAUCGCGUGCUCAAAACAACUUUACAGCUUCCUAUCCGCGAGUCAUUAGGCCAGAAUUAGUGCGACCAGGCCCCAUGAUGGAAAUGUCAACAAUCGUGCGCACACAGCAGUCGCAUCUCCAGUCGCAGGCUCAGCCGGUACCAUCGCUCCAGCCGCAACGGCUUCUCCAGUUGCAGCCGCAGCCGCAUUUCCAGGGGCAGAUCUCACCCAAGGAAAGUCCUGUAAAUGUCGUUAGUUCCACCCCAACGAGUGUGAUCCGUAUUUCACCAAAUCUUCUCGCGACAAGUCAGUCGCACACGCCCAUUAGCACGGCAGGGACGAUAACGUGGAAAAUGCAAGGCCCAUCACCGCCCUCGAUCCCUCAAGAGGCCGAAGAGCAGGCUAGGAUAGUAGUGGGCUCAGCCCCCUCCCAUCUGCCACACCCACAGACGUCCUACAUCUUACAGCAAGCUCUGACCAGUGCUGAUAUCACGCGGAGUGACUUUGAAAACUGUAGGAUGGAUACGAGGCCAGAACCUCAAUCUCGACCACAAGAAACAGUCAUUAGAAAAGAGCCAAGCUGUCCCACUCUAAAAAUGAAGAAACAGUCAGUGGUUCAUCAGGUUUCUAAAACCGGUAUCCAGAGUUCUUGCUCAGAUCUGUCCGUCGCUCAAAGUCCACCAGUGGUGAGCACACCAGCAUCCAGUUCGAGCGCAGUGCAUCACGUCAUUGUGCAACCAACACAGCUCGUUCCUGUGCUUCCCCCUCUGCCGCCACAGUUCAAAUCGACGUCAGACCCACCGGAUAAACACAACGGCAUUCUUUUUAACUCAGAUGCCUCCAUGACGGUUUAUUCCUGGGACUCAUUGCUGCCUCUGAUUCGAACGCCACCUGACACCCCUCUAUCCGCUCCCCCCUCCUCUCCACAACACUUGGAUGACGUUGCGCCUGCUGAAGACGAUGAUGAUGUCUUCAAGCCAGGGGUCGAUACCAACGACACAAGUGAAACUGGAUCAAACAAAAGACGGACUCAAUCGUUAAGUGCUCUUCAAAAUAGCAAAGAACCUCACAGUCCCCUCAAAACAAAAGACAGCCGGAUUCGUAGGCCAAUGAACGCGUUUAUGAUAUUCAGCAAACGGCAUCGGCCCAAAGUGCAUCAAAUGCAUCCAAACCAAGAUAACCGUACUGUUUCAAAGAUUCUGGGUGAAUGGUGGUACUCGUUAGGCACGGAGGAGAAACAGAAAUAUCAUGAGCUUGCUUCAGAGGUGAAGGAAGCGCAUUUCAAAGCUUAUCCAGAAUGGAAAUGGUGCAGCAAAGACCGGCGGAAAUCCUCUGCAGGCUCAAUUAGGAACAAAUUAGGCUCCACUGGUGAUGAAGGUGAUGUCAUCAACAUGGAUACCUCAGAUCUGCCUUUAGCAAGUAGUGAUACGAUUAAGUCUGAAACCAAAGAAGAAGAUGAUAAGAAGAAGGAUGAAGAGCUCUCUGAUGCAGAGGAUCGAAUGCAGGUGAUAUGCGUAGAAAACCCUGAAAUUGAUCUCAAAUGCGAAGAAAAAGUGACGGAUUCUGAUUCGGAGUCACAAAGUGACGGAGACCCGGCCGGAGACAAAGCUUUUCUUCAGCAAAGGUUCAGUCCUGUUUCUCAUAACAGCAAUAGCGGGGAAGUAACUUGCCGACCAAAGCCUAUAAAAGCAAGGCUGGCCUCAGAAUCGAAUAGCUUACCUAGCACAGGUGAGACUGUAGCGGUUUUGUCUUACCCUUAUCAUUCACCUGUCAACCCCACUGGUGUUUCUGGUUUUCAACCUACAGGCGGGGCUUUCAAAACUAUGCCUGCCUCUCCAAAAGUUAUAAAAUCAGAACCCAUCCAAAUGCAAACUACCAGCACUGUAUGGAGUGGGAAUAGAUCAUCCGAACCGGUGACAACUUCUUGGACGUCUGUCACGAAUUUGUUGUCACCAGUAGUCACUGUUGCUGCUGUAUCCACUGCUGUUACCUCAUCCUCUUGGACUCCAAACAAAACGACAGUCGCCAACAUUAUCUGGAGCUCAUCUCCUGCCAGCAUAACCACAAACGCAUCUGUCAGCACCAACUCCUGGGCAACAACUGAUGCUGCAACAGACUCUCCUCGGUGGUCCGAUUCCACGACGGUGUCCGUUGCGCAGAACCCGCCCCCCACCAAUAAAAUAUUCAAUGUAAAAACUACGUUAUCUCAGCCGCUUGCAUCUUACCAUUACAUUCCGUCAUCAGCAGUGAAGCUUACAACCACGGAUCAGCUCGUGAAUAAUGUCAUGACUACUAGAAAACUAGACCUCAAGCCGGUUGCUCAAGGUCAAUAUUCCCUGAUAAACUUUACGCCGAGUUUAUCAAAUAUGAAAUUCAUUUCUAGUCAGAAUGUCUCAACUGUCGGUCAGCAGCCAUUGCAGAAAACUGUGCUUGCGCCUCAAGCAAAUGUGCGGACUGCACAGGUCUUGAGUAGCACAACAAUUUUACAACCACAGAUCAUCGGUAAAAGUGCAGGAAAUCAAAACGUUACAACUAGCGGGUCUCUUAUAGUUCAAUCCCAAGGGUCAGUGAAUAAGUCGUUACCAAUUUUGCAGACUACUUCUGUCCGACCCUCCGGUCCGUCAACACAUCAGAGCCAACCGCUGACCCUUCUGCUCAGUGAUCAGUAUGUCACUUUGCUGAAACCCUCUAGCCAAAUUGUUGAAGUCGAUUCAUCUACAACUGGUGCAAAUUCGGAGCCGCUUCAGUAUGUUUUAAGCACACCUGGCACGAGGGUACAGAAUGUUUAUCUCCCACAUCAAGGCGGCUUUCAAAUCCCGAUCUCAACUGCUGAUGGAGGAGUUAGACAAGUAUCUGUGAAACCACCAUUGCAAUUAGUUGCAACCUCUCAAGCUCUCUCAGCUGCCUCAACUGUGAUCGUUAGCAAACCAAAUUCUCUCUCUAACCAAACUAGCAACCAAGAAGAACCCAAGUCAUGGUUACAACAGCAUUUGGAACAAGAGCAACAACAACAGCAGCAACAACAACAACAACAACAACAAGUACAGCAACAGAUCCAACAACAGCAGCAGCAACAACAAAUCCAACAGCAGCAAGCACAACAAAUCCAGCAGCAACAAGUACAACAGCAAAUUCAACAGCAACAACAGAUCCAGCAGCAGCAACUACAACAGCAAUUGCAGCAAAAGCAGCAGCAAGAGAAGCAGCGGCAGUUUCAACUGCAGAGUCAGUUCGUACAAUCAAGACAAGAAAAUUCUAAUGUCGUGUCGUCGUCUGACAAACAUACCCCUAGUGCCAUUUUUAGCUCUGAGAAGUCCAGUGAACAGUCCUCGGGUAGCUCAGAUCGAAAUAAAAAUGACAGUGAUCUCUCCUAUCCAAGUCCGUCAGUUAGUCAAAAAGAUGCGCAGUACACUCACUUUGCACUCUUUAACCAGAACAAAACUGACAGUCCUGGAAUCUCAAAUAGCUCAAAUACACGGGACCAUGCCGAAGAGUUUGAGACCUUCGUUCUUGCUCCCACCCCUGCUCAAUUAGGCAAAGCGCCGCUACAGCGUCGACAAUCAAUGGCCAUGAUGUCUUCGUCGUCUGAAAACCAGCAAAGUAUGGACGACCAAGAAUCCGGAGUUGUUUCGUCUCCAUCAACGAAACGUAGUUUCUUCAAGAAAAACACAGAGGACGGACGUGACAGAGUCCUCGAACGUGUUAAUUUUGAAAAGAAAUUUUCGUCGUUACCUGAAUUCAAACCUGAAGAUUGUCAGUCUCCAAGUGCCAUUUCUGUGUCUUCUAGUCCGCGAGUUUUUAAUCAGAAUUUAAGGAAAAAGCAGCAGUUAACGCCUUGUCUUUCUGAAGAUGAAAUGGUACCUGAAGUCUCUUGUGGUAGUGCAAAGCAGAGUACCAAACUCACAGGGAACACAUUCUUUGGUCCCAAUUUCAACCUGGAGGCAUUUAAGAAUGUUAUGUCGAGUGAAGCGUUAGACUGUGCUGAGUCUCCUAGAGGUCCUAAUGAGGAGUCGCCCCCGAAAACACCGGGAGGUCGAGACGUCGAGAAAGGCCAUCGGAAAAUCCUGGAACAGCGGAGGCAACUUGUCAUGCAGUUGUUUCAAGAGAAAGGCCUUUUUCCAACAACGCAAGCUACCUCAGCCUUUCAGGUGCAGCACUCAGAUAUCUUUCCGAACAAAUCCUCCCUUCAGCUCAAAAUUAGGGAGGUGCGUCAAAAGUUGAUGGCUCAUCCGUCUGCUUCUGCUACCAUUAGCGCAAGUCCUGACUCUUCGCUUUCUACCAUUCCAAGUUCUUCAGGAAAUACUCCAUCGCAGACGACUGCGAUAAUCCCUGCCUCUUCGAGUUAGCCUUGAAGCGGUUCGUUGUUUUUGUCUCUUGGACAACGCCUUUUCGUAAUUAUGUCACCAGUCUUUCAUUGCCUCAGCACUUGUAAAUUUUAGCUCUAGAAUAUUCAAUUAUUACUUAAUCACAAUUCGUGCGCUCCCUAGUUUGUUCGUUUCAAUCAUCCAUUUAUUUUGUCCGUGAAAUUAAUUGUUGAGAUGUUUAGCCUGAACAGAAUCAGCGCUGGGACGCCUCAAUCAGUGCAUAGCUGUAAUUUGCAAAAUUCGAUGGUAAUGGAAAUUUACCAUACAUCAGAAUCUCCAAGGAAUCCUAAAAAAUUGCUUUGGAACUCUCCUCAUUUUCAGUGUUUUUCAAGAAGGUAAAUGCUUCACAUUGACAGAAAAUCAAAGUAUUUUUCAGUAUAUUUUUGCCAAAAAGUAAUAAAGGAUGACCAUCUUAAUAUCGACUGAUAAAUCUAUAAACUUGUCAACUUUGAAAAAUUUGUAACCCUCCCAUAUUUACAGUAGGGGACCAAUGAUUUAAGUUAAUACCUUGUCAUAGUUGAUUGGGUCUCUGAAAAGUCAGAAUAUCUGUUGUCAAAGGAAUAAAUUGGUCCUCCUGAUUCCUAGGAAGAUAUUGAAACAUGCGUGCAUGCAGUAUUGCAUUUAUGUGUAAUAGAAAUUUACUGUGAAUCAUCAAUUUGUCCAGGUUGGGUUUUUCUCUCUAAGUAUAUAAAUAUACAAUCUCUAUUUUGAAGAAAUUCAUAUAAAUAUAUGCUGAAACUUUGCACUAAUUACGGUGAGCACAAAUAGUUCAGCGCUGGUUUUGUUCAGAAUAUUUUGUAAAUGAGAAGGUCUCUUUUAUUGUUUUACUAUUUACUGUUAUUCGUUGUAUAUUGACUUAUAGAUAAUUAUAGAGUUUAUUAAUCUUAUUUUGUUUGAAUCAACUUAAUCAUGAUAUUUUUGGAGUCAGUACAAUGAAGUUUCGAAAA